UCCUCAGCAAAAAGAGGAGGUUUGGCAUGGAUUUUAGCUCAGGGCUGAUCUUCUUCACACACAAAAAAAUAAAUAAAUAAAAUGUAGAUUCUAGAUUAGAAAAUAGGGAGUAAAGUAAAAUCACAAUUGUAUUUGAAGAAAAUAUACACAGAGACAUGUGGAAGGUUAUUACUCCUUGUAAAGUCAGUGGGUAACCCAGGCCUGUGUUCCUACAGGAAUUUCUUUUUGUCUUUAUGCUUUUUUAUAUCUUCCCAGCAUUCUCCAGGGAACAGCCAAUACCUUUUUUAUCUCGUUACAGUCUCACAGACCGUUGGUUAUAAGCAACGUAUCAUGGUGGGGAGGUCAUGGAUGGGAUGAUCCCAGGACAAGAUUCCUUUCGCACGAUUCUUUUAUGGCACACCCCCUGUAUGUCACUGGCUGCAUUUCCUGAAUAUGCCUUCUUAUCCAGUGUUUCCCAAACGUGGCCAAUCAUUCGUGUCAUCGAAGUCAGGUGCUAAAACUCAGAUUCGCAGGCUCUCUCUGAGACCUGCUGAGUUGGACUCUCAGGGGGAGAAUAUGUGGCUGUUUUUUAGUUUCCUUAUACACCCACGCAGAUGCACACAGCCAGAGAUGAUUUUACAUAAAUGCAUGAGUGUGAUCACGUCAUCCAGCUUAGAAUGGAGACCGGUCUGGUUUUCUUGUCCUCUCUCUGCCCGGGAGCCUGUCAUUACACCUGCUGUGUGUGUCCUGCCGGUUUCCGCUGGGAGCUCCCGGAAUCCUGUAUGGACAUAACCCCACACACACAUGUACAAUUUUUAAAACUUCCCUCUUUGUUUUAUAACAGUGAGUGCAUAUUAAGCCCCCUCUUCUUUUGGCUUUUCUCAGACUUCGCAUGAAUCUCUUCAGGUCAGUGGUGCCGCUUCAGGGCGGCUGGUUCCAAGUGAGCUGGGAGUUUUCAACAAGCCCCUCUGGUCAGUCUGGUCUCUAGUAGGAUGGGGUCUAGACAGGAAUUCCGAAUGCCCUUGCACGGACGUGGGCGUGCACCUGCAGAAGCUGUGCAUCAACAACGAGGGCACCAAGCUCAUCGUGCUCAACAGCCUCAAGAAGAUGGUGAACCUGACGGAGCUGGAGCUGAUCUGCUGCGACCUGGAGCGCAUCCCCCACUCCAUCUUCAGCCUCCACAACCUGCAGGAGAUCGACCUCAAGGACAAUAACCUCAAGACCAUCGAGGAGAUCAUCAGCUUCCAGCACCUGUACCGCCUCUCCUGCCUUAAGCUGUGGUACAACCACAUCGCCUACAUCCCCAUCCAGAUCGGCAACCUCACCAACCUCGAGCGCCUCUACCUGAACCGCAACAAGAUCGAGAAGAUCCCCACCCAGCUCUUCUACUGCCGCAAGCUGCGCUACCUGGACCUCAGCCACAACAACCUGACCUUCCUCCCCCCCGACAUUGGCCUCCUGCAGAACCUCCAGAACCUGGCCAUCACGGCCAACCGGAUCGAGGCGCUGCCCCCGGAGCUCUUCCAGUGCCGCAAGCUGCGGGCCCUGCACCUGGGCAACAACGUGCUGCAGUCGCUGCCCUCGCGGGUGGGCGAGCUGACCAACCUGACCCAGAUCGAGCUGCGGGGCAACCGGCUGGAGUACCUGCCCGUGGAGCUGGGCGAGUGCCCGCUGCUCAGGCGCAGCGGCCUGGUGGUGGAGGAGGACCUGUUCAACACCCUGCCGCCCGAGGUCAAGGAACGGCUCUGGAGGGCCGACAAGGAGCAGGCCUGAGCGCGGGCGGGCGGCCGAGCACCGAGCCGGCCCCGAGCGGCCAGCAGCGGGACCCCGAGGAGCCCGCAGGCCCAGGAACCCAGAUUCCCCGGGACCACCAGCCCAGCCUCUCGGAGGGCAGGCUCCCCAGGUUUGGGCUCCAGUGUCUGUCCCAGGCGCCCGGCACACACAGCCCCCUCAGCGCCUGGGGGCAGGGAGCCACCUCACUUAAAAAAAACAUUUUUUUUAAAUAAUUUUAUUUAUUUAUUUUUUCCCCCAAAGCCCCAGUAGAUAGUUGUAUGUCAUAGUUGCACAUCCUUCUAGUUGCUGCAUGUGGGACGCAGCCUCAGCAUGGCCAGAGAAGCGGUGCGUUGGUGCGCGCCCGGGAUCCGAACCCAGGCCGCCAGCAGCGGAGCGUGCGUGCUUAACUGCUAAGCCAUGGGGUCGGCCCGCCACCUGACAUUAGAUAGUCAUGGCGUCCCUGCCUUAGAAGGGUCCCCGCCUCAGAUCAAUCACUUGGACACUAAGGCACGUUUCAGAGUCUCUUGUCUUAAUGAUUAUGUCCAUUUGUCUGUCCAUUUGUGUUUUCUGUGUCGUGUCAUCGGAUGUAACCCUCAGAAAUAAUGCACACUAGCCUCUGACAACCAUGAAGCAAUCCGUUACCUGUGGGUCUGAACUUGUAGACUUGGUUCAAAUAUCAAAUAAACCUGUAACAGAAAGCA